GGAAAAACUGCGUAUUUUGACCUAGGUGUAGAGCAUAAACUAUAUUCAUAGAAUUAUUGAUUGCAUUGUUUAUUCACAUGAGACACCUAUGUCUAGACCAUAAUUUGCAAAAAGUAGCCGUAAUAACAUGCGUAAUCGCAGCUGUUUAGCUCGCAUAACGUAGUAAAACAGCCGCAAAUUUAUCAGAUAUUCAGUUUAGCACUGUGUUGUCGUUUUGAGACCUGAUUAUUAUGAUUUUGACUCCCAGAUGAGGCAUAUUAUUUCCCCCGAAGAAUUUUACGUUAAUACAACCUGUUGCAAGGCCUAACAUACAACGAAUACGUUCAGAUAUUUGAAAAGACUAGGCGCGAUUUGGAUGUGCCUGCAGGCGGCCAACACCACUCAUGCAGGUGGUGGCCCACCGGGGCGUGCUGUGUGUAAUGGAGGAGGAGAAAUCGGUUGUGGUUGGGGUUUGCCUUCGAGCUGCAACACCUGACCGAUUAAUACAGAUCUGUGUCGAUAAUUUUGGACCAGACGAAUUAGAUGAACAAAGGGAAGAAUAUUGUCGUGUUUUUUUCCUUAUGCAUCAGUGGUUUAUGAAAUCAGAAGAAUUAGCACAGGCAUUCAUAGAUUUCUACCAAGGUUGCGAUGAAACUAUAACGUGUGAUCUUCCAGACUGUCAACAUUUACCUAUUAGCGAUGACUGUCCUGUACAACAAUAUAAAGUUAAAAUCUGUCGGGCUGUUAGAUAUUGGAUACAGCGGAAUCCGGUUCAUUUUGCUAUGGAUAGUCCGUUACGUAAAGCUACAGAUCGUCUAGGUCAGUUAUUACUAGCAGAAGGAAAUACCAAAUUAAAACAACUCGUCGAUCUUUCACAAGUCCCAUCAUACGAUUGGAUGAGAAAUAUGUCUGUACGAAAUCCAUCCAACCACAACCGUAAAGUUUCUCUAGUCUUCAACCAUCUUGAACCAGAAGAAUUGGCAGAUCAGUUGACCUAUUUAGAAUAUAAAGCCUUCCGGAGAAUUCAUUUUUCUGAUUAUAAAAACUAUGCAGUUACAGCUUCCUUAAAAGAAAAUCCUAAAUUAGAGAGAUCAAUUGGUUUAUUUAAUGGUUUAUCACAAUGGGUACAAUGUAUGAUCCUCAGCAAAACGACUCCACAACAAAGAGCUGAUGUUAUAACUAAAUUCUCUAAUGUUUCUAAGCGUUUAAGAGUGUUACAAAACUUCAAUACAUUAAUGGCUAUAGUAGGGGGACUAACUCACAGUGCAUUGGCUCGACUCUCUAAAACUAAUGCAUGUUUACCUUCAGAAACACAAAAGACAUUAAUGGAAUUUACAGAACUUCUAUCAUCAAAUAAUAAUUUUAGUAAUUAUCGUAAAGUUUAUCAUCAGUGUGUUGACUUUAAGAUUCCAAUCUUAGGUGUCCAUUUAAAAGAUUUAAUAUCCUUACAUACAGCACUUCCUGAUCGCGUGGAGGGUAAUUUGAUCAAUUUCCGUAAAAUGGCCCAGUUAUCGUUAAUGUUACAAGAAUUAACAAGAUUACAACGUGUAGAUAAUAUUCCUGUUGAUGCAAAUAUGGAUCUGGUUAAUACUUUACGGUUAUCACUGGAUCUUAAUUAUACUGAAGAUGAAAUUUAUGAAUUAUCUUUGGCUAGAGAACCUCGAGGUUCAGUUUCCUCACCGACGACACCCACUAAGCCUGUGAUGUUUGCUGAUUGGAUAUCUGGAGUGAGUCCACCAGAUCCCAAUACAAUAAAUAAACAUGUCCAUGACAUGGUGGAGGCUGUAUUUAAGAAUUAUGAUCACGAUAAAGAUCGAUUUAUUUCACAUGCUGAAUUUGAGGCUAUAGCCGGAAACUUUCCAUUUAUAGAUUCCUUUUAUGUUCUUGAUGCCGAUAAGGACGGUAUGAUAAGUAAAGAUGAAAUGAAAACAUAUUUUAUCCGAGCCAACUGUCACGCGUUACGCAAUAGUUUUAAACAUGCUUUCCACGAAACCACAUACUUUAAACCGACUUUCUGUAUACACUGUACAGGACUUUUGUGGGGUAUAAUAAAACAAGGUUGGAAAUGUAAAGAAUGUAGUAUUAACGCUCACAAACACUGUAAAGAUUUGGUUGUUAUGGAAUGUCGGAAAGGAAUGGCUGCCAAACGAACAGAUUCAAUGUCAAACGGUUCUGUGUCGAAUGAUUUAACUUAUUCAGCCAAACGCAAAAUAUCACAAAGACAUAAACAGGCACAAUUAUUGGCACAGAGCAGUGAAAACAAGGCGGGCAGUAACACCAGUAUACAGAAUAACCAGAAUAACCAAAAGGACCAGGUUUUCCAAGAUGACGGCCCGAGGGAGGGAGAAUUCUACGAGGAACAGCAUCUAUUAUAUGACAGGUGGCUCAAAUCCGAAGAGGCCCGAGAACAGUUGAUAGCCGAGAACUCACAAUUACGAGCCAGACUUGAAGUGGCCAAUGAUCAAAUUCUUAUUUUAAAAUCUCACAUAGGAGUGAUCCGACAAAAUACUAUAGCAUUUAUACUUGAACAAAUGGAUGCGUUACAUAUGCAGAGGGAUUCGGAAGUGUAAAAUCGUGCAUGACCUUGAUCUCAACAGCGUACAUUUCAAUUUAAAACUUUAUCCAAUUAAAAGUGAGCAUGUCGUCGUAUAUUGUGAUCCGUUGUGUUCCAUGUAUUAUCGGAUUCCGGCAACAGGAGAAAAAUCAAAUCUAUGUAGACCAAAGAGAAAUCGUCAUAAUUUCAAAAAUCAUAAUAUAGCUUAAAACAAUUUAUCAUAUCUUGUGUGCGGAGCGUCGUCCAUUUUUAAUUGGAUUCAUUAUAAUAAUGUGAUCAUACGGUAAUUCCAAGAAGAUCGAUCAUCCGGGCUGUCGGUCACUAAUGAAGGCGACGGUAGACCAGACAUCUUGGGGAACAAUAAACAAUAAUGUCAAUUGUAGUUGUCCGUUCGUGGGUGUUGUUCUUGAGAAUAACAAUAAAAAACAAACAAAAUAUUGCCGGAAAGUUUAUAAAAAAAAAAGGCUGAAGUGUUAAUUAAUGAUUUAAGAUCGUCAGGUUUUUAACUGCAUUGAGAUCUCUUUAAACUAACUUUAUAUGGGAUCAAAUCUAAAUAUCGGUUUACUCCAUAGAAAAACAGAAAUAGUUGGUUUUCAUAAGGUUGUUGGUUUUCUCAGGUGUCCGAUCGACCAAAAUUUACUGUACCUCCACUAAAAUACAGGACCGUUAAUUAGCUACAAGGAACAUUCUGGAUUCAUUCCUAUAAACUCCUUGUUGAUGAUUGUUCUGUUGGGUGAAUAUUAAAUCCCUUUUGUGUUAUAUUAGGAGGUAAACCCCCUGUGAAUUUCGUAUUGCAACGUGUUCGCAGACUCGAGCAGUUUGGUGAAAUAAACACUUUUGAAACCUUCCCUUGAAAUUUGAAACUGGGAGUUUAGUGUUUACCUCUUCAAGGAACGCCCGUCGGUCAAUAUGUGCAUAGAAGUGUAUAUAUAUGAAAUAAAUAUGGUGAUAGAUGAAAAAUAUAUAAUAUAUUAUGAACUUUGAACUGUGAAGGUUAUGGGUAACCUUUAACCUCAUGGUUAAAACUAUAGACUCUUUGUAAAGUGUGACAGCAUUUUAAAUUUACAAAAUGCAUUCACUCAAAGCAAUAUAUUUUGGAUAAGUGUGGUGCGGAAGUGAGGCAAUGCAAGAUAAAUGGAAUGAUAUCUGACUAUUAUAAAUAUUAUUAUUGUAUCGUGUCGACCAUCAUAUUUUGUUAAUUAUUAUUAAUUAUCUGUUUAAUUACGACAUGAAAAAUGCUGAUCUACUGAUUUUUACAGUUAGUCGAUUCCCCUAAAAAUAUACCCCUAAGGAGCAUUUCUACAGAUGUAGUCAGUUCCCCUAAUAAUAUACCGCUAUAUCACCCCUUAGGAGCAUUUGGCAAUAUAACGCAUUAAAGACAGAGUCAAGACCAUUUAUAUGGAUCAAAUAACACACUAUUUAUGGAUAAGAAUUACUAUGGUUUAUUUCACUGCGACAUUUCAACAAGAUUUCACAAGUCGUUAUCAAGCAUAUAACACAAAUAAAUAAAAUGAAAAGAAUAUGAUUAUAUAUAUAUAUAUAUAUAUAUAUAUAUAUACAG